CUGAGCAGCACCCACCUUACCUGCUGGUCUCUCAGUCUCUUCCUCCCUCAUACUCUUCUGCUACCAAAAUCUGAGAGCAACCACCAAAGACCUCCCACCACCAAAAAACUCCCCAACAGUAAGUACUGGCCCUACCCAAAUCCUCUCCCCUAUUAUCUGGACGUCUCCUUCGCUUGCCCACACGCAGCAUCGAGUCCACCAGAUUUCCCCCCAACGUUGCCCUGCACAAAACGCGCUCAAUUGCACGCAAUUGCAUCGUCGUUCGCCCUCUGGCAAUGACACUCCAAAGAGUCGUCGCGUCGUCGCGACCUUCACCUUCACCUUCCCUUCUUGAUGAUCUCUUCCCACUGAGCUCCCUCUAACCUCCGCGCGCAGGAAACCCAACCGCCCACCAAUUUUUCACGACCUCAAAAAGUCAACUUCAGGUUAGUUGGUUUUGUUUGUUUUCAACUUCCAUCUCACUUUCUGAGCUUCACGAUGCAAGUCGUCGACGUUGCGACCGCUCAACACCCGCAUCGCAUCGCACCACCCAAAUCAACACAACACCAUCUACACCGUUCUAGUCACCACCACUUGUCGCACUCACCACCACCCACCACCACCACCUUGGAUUUCGCUCAUCGCGUCCGAUUUAGGAUCGCCUCACUUUUGCGACCACUUUGCUGACUUUCAAAAAAUCAAUUAGUUAAAUCAAUCAUCAUGCCAAAGGAAAAGGCCCCCAAGCGCGCGACUGCUAAGCGAUCCGAGAAGAAGAAGAAGGGUAUGUCUUGACUCGAAAUGACCUCGCUGUCGUUGGUCGUGAUUGUCCUAACAUCGAUCCCUAGAUCCUAAUGCCCCAAAGCGUGGUCUUUCUGCCUACAUGUUCUUCGCCAACGAGCAACGUGAGAACGUUCGCGAGGAGAACCCCGGAAUCAGCUUCGGUACGUGGUGCCAACAUUCAUUCCCUCAGUCAUGUAUCUAACUUGCAUCCAUAGGCCAAGUCGGAAAGCAACUCGGUGAGCGCUGGAAGGCACUCAGCGACAAGCAACGUGCACCAUAUGAGGCAAAGGCCGCACAGGACAAGAAGCGUUAUGAAGAUGAGAAGGCAAGCUAUAUCGUAAGUGCUGAGCCAGAUGAUGACGAGAAGCCUGUGGGCGUUCGCAAGCGUACUGCCAGAGGUACUAAUAAGAACGCCGCACAGGCUGAAGCUGAGGAGGAAGAGUCUUCUUAAAGAAGUAUCUUCACUACCUUGACACACGUUUACGACCGACCUCGACCACCUCGGGAUACCUUGAUUCUGGGCUUUUCCGUGUGACCGUGUUUCUCUCUCUGCAGCAGUGGCUUGGGCUUCACUUGGCUUCGCUUUGUAACUUUUCUUUGGGCUGGGGCGGGGUGUUAUGCACAGGACUUGGGCUUCUUUCUGAUUUUUUUCUUUAUGAAAUCGAGGAUGGAGGGACGUUUUUCGCGACGAUGAUGUUAUGGAGGGUCUCGGUCACCUAAUGGACGUGAUUUAUUCCCAAGAUUAUCAUAGGAUACGCUUUUGACGAUCAUGCGGAGUGCGACAGUGACGUUGAUGUCUAGCACAUCCCAUACUAUGCGUAUCACAAUGAAAUCUUCUGUAUUCUAGCUAUCGAAUCAACAUCUUCCAAUACCG